GUGGGGAGGUAUUUCUCGCCACGCCGUGCUGUCAGUGUUGUGGCCACGGAGGUAAACAGCGGCACGUCACCCGGCAUCAGCCCGUCACAUAUUUCGGCCUCCACAGCACCGCCAGGAUGUUGCAGUUUGAUUUUUUGGACGAUUUAAGACGAAUGAACAUGCGUCAGCUGUUCUACCAACUGCUGAAUUUUGCCAUGAUAGUGUCAUCGGCACUGAUGAUAUGGAAAGGCUUGAUGGUAGUGACUGGCAGUGAAAGUCCAAUUGUUGUGGUCCUCAGUGGGAGCAUGGAACCAGCUUUUCAUCGAGGAGACCUCCUUUUCCUUACCAACUACGAACAGGAACCCAUCCGUGCUGGUGAAAUUGUUGUCUUCAAGGUGGAGGGACGUGACAUCCCAAUUGUACAUCGUGUAAUGAAGGUUCAUGAAAAGGAAGAUGGAUCAGUCAAGUUCCUAACCAAAGGUGACAACAACAACGUGGAUGACCGUGGACUAUAUGCUAAUGGACAGGCCUGGCUGAACCGCAAGGAUGUGGUGGGUCGGGCGCGAGGGUACGUCCCCUUCAUAGGGGUCGUAACCAUUGUCAUGAAUGAUUAUCCAAAGUUCAAGUAUGCAGUAUUGGCUGCUCUAGGAUUAUUUGUGCUAAUACAUCGGGAAUGAGAGACAUUUUCAUAAUUCCAUUUAUUUGUUGUAAAAAACAGCUGCCAUGUUUUGGCAUUAGUAGAAACCAGUAACAUCAUCAUUCUUAAUUUAUUAAUUUGUUUAUUUAGAUAAUGUGCAGUAAAUGUCAGUAAAAUGAAAAAUUUUAUAAUAAGCAUUUUUGAUAGAAAACAACAGUAAAAGUUUUGUAUUGUAACUAAAAUUAGCAUGCAUCAUUCUUAUACAUGUUUGUUUACUUAUGUGAAUAUCAUGUAUAUAUGGAUACAUUUACCUAUAAAUCCUCUUGUUUGAAAGGUGUAGUAUAAAUCAAGAUAAAUGAACAUGACCGUGAACAGUACUCAGUGUAUUUUCUAUCACAUGGAUACACUAUUCUUUUAUACACAAAAUGCAAGAUACUGGAGAAGAAUGUGACAUGUUAAGGUUAUCUGAGUUAUAUGUAUGUAAUAUAUAGCUAUUGACUGACCACUUGUUGUCAACAUGAUAGUAACCAUCAUACACAUACAAAGUAUUAGCAAUUUAACGGCUAACAUCUGUUUAUAUUGUAUAAAUGUUCAAAUAUGUAUUCUGAUUUGAAAGAACAAGAAUACAUAUUCAUGGCUGUAUAAAGUCAGCCAUACAUGCUCAAGCUAGGCUUGUAUGGUGGCCCUAAAGUGCAUAUAGUUAGAUCCAGCUGGAGCACAUAUGGGGCUGAUUUAGCUCCAGCCCUACCUCAUGAGGUGACUUAAGCAAAAUCAGUGUUUGAAAAUGUGUGAGGUACAGUCUGCAAGUGUGUGGGGACACUCCGGGUGGCCUUGAGGUGCCAAUCAAAAGAAUGCCACAGAUUCUUGUCAAAAAUAAUGUCUGACAUUGAGAUAAGCAGGGAACUUUCUAGUGACUUAUACAAGACCUAUCCAUGUUUAUGGAAUGUAAAAAGCAAAGUACUGCACACACAGCCAUAAAUUGCAGGUUCAUGCCAGAAAGUAGCUCCAUGAUAAUGCUACAAUAGUGUGACACAAAAUGACAAUAUUUACUCAGGCCACCUAUGUAUGCAUGGGGCACAUCUGGCCACUGAUGACCUGCCCCUUUCCAGCCUGGCCUGAGCAUGUGUACCUGGCUUAAGAGAUUGAAAUAUUCCUAGAUAUCACAUUAAUCUUUUGUAUUAUUUGUGAGGUUUGUUCAUGGACUCCUAAAUCAUUUGAUUGCAGAGCAAUCUCUAAUUAAUGGCAGUAGUCACAUAUCUAAUAUUCAGACUGUGUGUGUGUGUGUGUGUGUGUGUGUUCAUCAAUUUUAGUAUUCAGAAUUGGAUCUCAAGAAGUGCCACUCCCAGCUCCCCGCCCCAUUUUGUGGAGUAUGGGUUGGAAGGAUGGUUAAUAGUUCCUGUGAUGUUUGUGAUCAAUCACUUUUCUUUUUUGAAACUGGAGUUAAUGAACAAAACUUUACAGGGAAGCAGACUGUGUCCAGGAAUAUUUCAACCUGACAUGUAACAUUCAGGUGUUAUUUGUGUCAGCAUAGAAUAAACAUGAUGAAGUAAAGGUUUCAUAGGAUAUUUGCGGAGUGUAUUCUGGUGUCACUCCUUAUAUGAACUUUUUUCAUGGUUGUAGGUAAAUUAAUUCUAUAUCAAAAGGAUUUUAGUGGUGUUGGGGGUUAUGGUUAUUUUGUUUUUUACCUUUUUGCAUGCAAGUUUCUAAAUUAUACCUGUUGGACUAGCUUUCUAAAUUUAUAUGUGAUGCAGUAAUGACAUUUUAGAUUUAGUUCCAUUGCCAGGGAAAAAUCAUUUGGGUUUGUGUAUUUCUCAGAUUUCAUGAAAGAAUGGGAAUCCUUUACAAAUGCUUAUCUUUAGAGGGUUUCUGGGAGAGAGGUAGUGCUCUCUAAUAACCCUAGCAGAGCUAUAUGGUCUUUAGUUGUCUAACUUGGGGAGAUUUUUUUAUUUUUUAUUUUAUUUUUUACAAAAGCUUAUCUUUAGGUAGUGUCUUAUGAUGAUGGUGUUCUUCAAAAUCAUGUUAGAGUGGGAUUAUGUAUUGAAGUGUAGUAUUUUGCAGUGAUAUUUUUCACAUUGUACUUAAAAUUGUGCAAUGACAUUGUUAUCAUAACUUUUAGUAUAAUUAUUACCUAAAACUGCCCAGGAACUUGUAUGAAACAUACCACCAUUAGACAAAUGAAAAAACAAAAUUAUUAUUAACAUUUAGAUAAUAUAUUACAAGUAAAAGCAAGUGAGAAUAAUUAUAGGUUUAUUAUUUGUUGCUUCAAGAGUGUAAUACAUUAAUCUGACCUAUAAAAAUUGUCAUUCAAAUAGAGAACAGUAUUACAGAAUUUAAUUGCAUGGAUUAGCAUUCUUGGGAAUUAGGAAAACAAAGUACCACUGAAAGGAAGUUACACUGAAAGUCCAUAUCCCAAUACCAACAAAACUCUGGCAAUUACAUGUUCGGGCUUAUUUUGAUAAAAGAUAAUCAAGGACCUGGUAAUUAAUACAUGUUCCUCAACACUGUUUCCUUGAGACAUCAUUUCAAAGAACCCUGGACUUCAAGCUUGAAGUGGAAAUUAAAAUGCUAUUGGUGUAUAGUAAGGCACUAUUUUUCUCAGUAUGUCCAACUUACUUUCUACAAGUUUUAUAGUUAAAAUAAUAAAAUGUAUAUGUAUGGAA